AUGGUCGCUGAAGAAGGAUUACCUACUGCUUCGGAGAUCGCUGCUAUUGGGCCGCCGAUGUUCACGUGGGAAGAGUUGAUGGACAUCGUCGAUGGAGGCGACCUCGGUCUGCUCAAGCGUCAGCCAGCACUCCAGCGACGCUACGAUGAGUGGACCAAAGGCAUGAAGGCGCGACACGGCACCAUAGAGAACUUCUUGAUAGAGCGUCGCCUCCGCUGGAACCCUCCCCUGAUACACCCAGCCUCGCCCUCGUUCUCCCCUGAAACUCCUGCAACGCACUACCGCGUAGUCCCCAACGAUUGGCCCUACUCUGUUCCUACCGACGUUGUGCACUAUGUGGUGUGGAGUGCGGUGCCCCUCAUUGGUCCUGGAGACCUGACUGACGACGUGGAGAGGAAAGGUAUGUGGGGGUUCACGGGUGGUGCGGAACACAGAGAGGGUGAGGAUAGACAAGGGUUUGGAGGGAGGAGCGGAGAGGGCAUCACCGCGUUUGUGAAGCGCGAAUGGCCGGAAGUGGAAUGGGAGACGGUGUGGUUCAUGAACCCUCCGAAACUGCAAACCGUGCGCGGACUCGUACAUUUCCAUGUCUUUGUGCGGCCGAAGAAGACCUUUGCAAACGGCACCAACCACUAAAUUUCGUUCCACUAGCCAUCGACCAGACGCUCCUCGUGUGAGCGAUAUGCAUCAUCUGAUGUCAAAUAUCACGUAUCCAAUAACCGUCACACAAGUCAGCCGUGCUCUCUUCGAAAGACGUCAUCUCUAAUCGACCUUGAUGCCACCGUAUCUGACUGACCUCUCUCUCACUAAUGUCUGGGAACAUGGAUGUCAAAGAGCGCAAAGAACCCUAGUACUUUUGGCUACGUCGCCCGUCGUACCCCAAGUAUGAGGACAUAUAGUUCUUUGCGCGAUUUCGGGAGCCCUCUUGCGCGCUCCCGAAAUGCGGUGUUCCUUCCCGACAAGCAUCAACAUCCCUAGACAACACUUUUUCCGUGUCUUCGGCCAUUAAUAUUC